AGCGAAGGCAAAACCGUAACAGAAUACAUGGAUCAUGUCAAAUCUAUACCAAUGAGCUUGAAAACAUGCAGCGGCCGAUUUCCGACGAGGAACUCUUUGUUCAUGUCAUGAAUGGACUUGGAUCAGAGUUUCGAGAGUUUUGUGCAUCCAUCUGUGCCCGUGAAACACCCCUGCCGUUUGAAGAUUUUCAAGAUCGCCUCUUAGCACAGGAAGAGGCACUUCGCCGCGAAGAAAAGCGACUGGGAUCUAUGCCAAUGGUGGCUCACCAUGUGAAGGAUCAUCGCACAGAGGCGAUAGUGCUUCAAGGGCCAAACAGGAAUGGCAUGUUAGAUCUCAACCUACUGCUCUAACAUGUGGUUUUUAAUGAAAAUUUCUUUCCAUAUGGUUCUAUCACCGAGUCAACCCACUCCCUCCAUACAGAAGCUUGGUUCAUGCCCAAUACUUGCCACCACAAGCUUGAAACACGUCCCUCCAUUGGAUCAAGUGCUGGGCCUAUGAAUCACCAUCGUUCCCCACUGGAUGCCUCAUCACUUUUUCCUCCUUGUUUGCCCACAAAUACCCACUCAGCCCAACCCCCCAGCCCAUUCCUCUCCAGCCCCACAAAUCCCACCUCAAAACCCUCCCAACCGUCCUUGUCGCCAUCAUCCUCACCACAUCCGCCUCUCUCCUCACCCGCCUCUGCCUCUACUAGUCUCCUCUCAAAAUCGACUUCCCUCGUUGGACCCACCACCUCCACUGCCACCCAUAGCCUCGCCAAGCCUGCCACUCCCACCAACUCCACCUCCGAGCCCUCAUCUUCUCCAGCACCACAGCCCGCUCGCCUUCACCCCAUGGCUUUGAAAGAUCCAAAGUGGAGGCAAGCUAUGUCCAAUGAGUACACUGCUCUUGUUCACCAAGGCACAUGGGAAUUAGUUCCUCCUUCUCCUACCCAGAACAUAAUUGGCUACAAGUGGAUUUUUCGGUUGAAACGGAAGGUACAUGGGAGUGUUAAGCGCUAUAAGGCACGUGUUGUGGUGAAAGGAUUUCAUCAGCAGUCUGGUUGUGACUAUUUUGAGCCCUUUAGCCCAGUAAUUAAGCCCACCACCAUCCGCACGGAACUCACCCUUGCUGUGAGUAAUUCUUGGUCUAUUCGGCAACUGGACAUCAAUAAUGCUUUUCUGACUCUUAAGGAAGAACUAUUUAUGCGACAACCGCCAAGCAUUGUUGAUGCAAAUUAUCCUACUUAUGUAUGCCGCCUACGAAAGUUAGACAGCUCCUUGUUUAUCUCUCGAAAUUCUAGUGUGGUUCUUUAUUUUUUGGUCUAUGUUGAUGACAUCCUGAUCACUGGUAACUCUGAUACUGCCAUUGCUGCUCUGGUUGCUAGUCUUCGUGCCAGAUUUUCUCUUAAAGAUCUUGGUGACUUAGGCUUGUUUUUAGGAAUGGAAGCUGUGCCUACCCAUGCUGGGUUGUUCCUUACACAGCAUCGCCUUCUGAUUCGCCUUGAACCAAGUCUUAAUCUCCAUGGCUUUUCUGAUUCUGACUGGGCAAGGGAUCAAACCUCCUUUGUCUCAACUACGGGCUAUGUUCUGUUCUUGGGUUUAACUCCCAUUUCUUGGAAAGCCACCAAGCAAAAAGCUAUUGCUCGAAGUUCGACUAAAGCUGAGUAUCGUGCCCUUGCUACUGCCUCAUCUGAGAAGGUAUGGGUUCAAAAUCUGUUGACUGAACUUGGCUUCAACAUUUCCUCUCCACCGGCUCUAUAUUGUGACAAUCUUGGAGCCACUUAUCUUAGCAGUAAUCCGAUUCUUCACUCCUGAAUGAAGCACAUAGCAAUUCAUUUACAUUUUGUCAGAGAUUUGGUUAAUAAACAAGUACUUUCGCGUGGUUCAUAUACCAUCUCGAGAUCAGCUGGCUGAUGGUUUCACCAAGGCUCUCUCUAGCACUCGGUUUCUUCAUUUAUAGUCCAAGAUUGGCGUUGCUGAUGGCUCCUCCAUUUUGCGGGGGCGUGUUAAGGAAAGAUCUACUGAAUCCAAGCAUAAUCCCAGAUAGUUCUUCAUUCAAUCUUUGAUAUGAUUCUGUGUAUUUGUAUCUUGAUUAUUGUAUCAGAUUCUUUCCAUUUAUGUAAGCUAGAUUCAAUAAGACGAUUAUGAAAGCUUUCUCCUAGAGUACUCUGUCAAUGUCUAGCUAAUAUCUCACCUCAAAAAGUUAAUAUAACUUUCAACAAUUA